UGUUGAUGCAGAGAGAAAGAAGAAGAAGAAGAAGAAGGUCUUGCAUUUCUGAUGAACUGUGGAGUGGUGUUGGGUUUCUAUUGCUGGGAUUGGGAGUUCAUAACUGCUCUUCUUCUCUUCUGAUCACAAAUUAAUCUCUUCUCAAAUCAUUCUCAACAAUGGACGAAGAAAGUAAGAAAGGGUUGUUGGAGAGUGUGAGAAAAUUCUCAACACCACCGUUUUUGUUGAAGACAUACAUGUUGGUUGAGGAUCCUGCCACCAAUGAUGUUGUGUCGUGGAAUGAUGAUGGAACAACGUUUGUGGUGUUGCAACCUGCAGAGUUCGCUCGUGAUCUUCUUCCAACUCUCUUCAACCAUUGCAACUUCUCUAGCUUUGUUCGCCAGCUCAAUACUUACGGUUUUCGUAAGGUUACUACAAGCAGAUGGGAAUUUUGCAACGAGCGAUUCAGAAAGGGUGAGAAAGAACUGCUAUGCGAGAUUAGACGUAAAAAAUCAUGGGUGAGGAAGAGACAACAUAACUCACAUGAAGAUGAGAGGUCAUUUUCUUCAAAUUAUGCAGUUCUGAUGGAUGAAAACAAGCGAUUGAAGAAGGAGAAUGUGGUGUUGCACUCAGAGCUCACAACCAUGAAGAGAAAGUGCAAGGACUUGUUCGAUUUGGUCACCAAAUAUUCGUGUGCAAAGGAUCAGAAAACAAUGUUGUGUCAGGUUCAAGAAGAAAGAGAGAUUAAAAAGAAGAACAAAAUAGCUGAUAUCAGCGAAAACACAAACAUUUUUCUAUCUCCUAUGAUUAUUUAGAUUUAUGAUGAUAUUUUCUGCUUAAUUAUGCAGUUAGCAAGUAAGUCAAUGUGUUAUAAAGAAAAAACACAUAUUUAUAAUCUCA